AUGUCAACUUCUACUUUAUCUGACGUUUCUCUUGAUGAAGGCACUUUUGCUGUAGAAGAUGUAUCCGGUGUUAUUGAUGAUUAUUUUUUUGAAGGUGCUGAGAAGUUGCUAGAAGUAUGGUUUAAUAAAAAUCAGGAUGGAGCUACGUCUUUGAGAAAUAUACCAUAUUCGGAGCUCGUUGCUAUGCUGGAUAUAGCGCAUUGCCACAUUUUGCACUCUAAAAGUAAUGAAUGUAUGGAUAGCUACGUUUUGAGCGAAAGCAGUAUGUUUGUCUCCGAUUUCCGUAUCAUCUUAAAAACAUGUGGUACAACACGGUUACUGCAUACAAUAAGACGUAUUUUACAUCUUGCUAAGGUAUACUGCAACAUGGACAACGUUAUCAGUGUUUUCUAUUCAAGAAAAAAUUUUAUGCAUCCUGAAAGACAACCCUAUCCACAUUCUUCGUUUGAAGCUGAAGUUGAUUAUCUUGAAGAACAUUUCACAGGAGGUUCCGCUUAUUGUAUCGGACCACAGAGACAGGAUUGUUGGUUUUUGUACACAAUGGUUGCUCCACAAGCCGCUUUCCCAUUUCCGGAACAUACGCUCGAAAUACUUAUGAAUGGAUUACCAGAAGAUGUGCUUAAUGUAUUCAAUGCUAGCGUGAGCAAAGAUGGGAAAGACUGUAGAAUGAAGUCUGCCAUCAACACAAUACUACCACCCGGUAUCAUUGUCCACGAGGAAUUAUUCAAUCCAUGUGGUUACAGCUUGAAUGGAUUAAUUCCACAUUCAGAUCAUUAUAUUACGAUUCACGUAACACCAGAACCAGACUUUUCUUAUGUCAGUUUUGAGACAAAUCAGAAUGCGCUGAAUUUGAGUGAACAGAUGCUAAAAGUUUUAGAAAUCUUCAGACCGAGCAAAUUUUUACUAACCAUUUUCACCAAUGAACUGUCAAACGAAGGCAAAGAAAUGCAGAAAAAUUUGUGGGAUCUAAAAAUACGUGGAUAUCGCCGUGCGAACUUGCAAUUUCUAGAAUUGCCGGUACGAUUUGUUUUACAUAGAGUUUGA